UCAGGAAGAGCCGGCCUGCACCUGUUGCUCGAGCUCGCUCGGGAUUUUUCUCACGGGACUCGGACCCUAACCCGGGGCUCCAACCCCCGAACCACACACCAGCACCGGAGCAGUCCGAUGGAUGCUUGAUGGUAGAAGUGGGAAUGUGUUAGAACCAAAAAACUGCAGAGGAAGGAAGGAACGAUGUCUGUGAACGAGCUCUUCACGAAGUACACACGGGUGUGGAUCCCGGACCCAGACGAUGUGUGGAAAGCUGCAGAGAUCACCAAAGACUACAAGGAGGGAGAUCCUGUCCUCCACCUGAAGCUGGAGGAUGAAGCGACUCUGGAGUACCCAGUGGGUCCAAAGGCGAACCCCCUGCCUUUCCUGCGGAACCCGGACAUCCUGGUGGGCGAGAACGACCUGACGGCUCUCAGUUACCUGCAUGAACCUGCAGUGCUGCACAACCUGCGAGUACGCUUCCUGGAGUCCAACCACAUCUACACCUACUGCGGCAUUGUUCUGGUGGCCAUUAACCCGUACGAGCAGCUGCAGAUUUACGGAGAAGAGGUGAUCAAUGCCUACAGCGGGCAGAACAUGGGGGACAUGGACCCCCACAUAUUCGCUGUGGCCGAGGAGGCGUACAAGCAGAUGGCCAGAGAUGAGAGGAAUCAAUCCAUCAUCGUCAGCGGAGAAUCUGGAGCAGGGAAGACGGUUUCUGCCAAGUACGCCAUGCGCUUCUUUGCCACCGUGGGCGGCUCUGCAAACGACACCAACGUGGAGGAGAAGGUUCUAGCGUCCAAUCCCAUCAUGGAGGCCAUCGGAAACGCCAAAACCACCCGGAAUGACAACAGCAGCCGCUUCGGGAAGUACAUCCAGAUCGGCUUCAGCAGACACUACCACAUAAUCGGGGCCAACAUGAGGACGUACCUGCUGGAGAAGUCCCGCGUGGUCUUCCAGGCCGAGGACGAGAGGAACUAUCACAUCUUCUACCAACUGUGUGCCUCGGCCAGUUUACCAGAGUUCCAGGAGCUCGGCCUCACCAGUGCUGAAGACUUCAUCUACACAUCUUUAGGAGAGAACAUCUUCAUUGAGAGCGUGAACGAUGCUGAGGAGCUGAAGAAGACCAGAGAGGCCUUCAUGCUGCUGGGUGUGAAGGAGACCAGCCAGAGCAGCAUCUUCAAAAUCAUCGCCGCCAUUCUCCAUCUGGGCAACAUUGAGAUUUCCCCGGAGCGAGAUCAGGAGUCCUGCUCAGUCUCGAGUGACGACCUCUAUCUGCAGAACUUCUGCAGGCUGCUGGGGGUGGAGCUGCAGCAGAUGAAGCACUGGCUCUGCCACAGGAAGCUGGCCACGGCGUCUGAAACCUACGUGAAAAGCAUGUCCCUGAAGCAGGCGCUCAACGCCCGUAACGCGCUCGCCAAGCACAUUUACGCCCGCCUGUUCGACUGGAUCGUGGAGCAUGUCAACAAGGCGCUGCACACCUCUUUCAAGCAGCACUCCUUCAUCGGGGUCCUGGACAUCUACGGGUUCGAGACGUUCGAGGUGAACAGCUUUGAACAGUUCUGCAUCAACUACGCCAACGAAAAGCUGCAGCAGCAGUUCAACUCGCACGUCUUCAAGCUGGAACAGGAGGAGUACAUGAAGGAGCUGAUCCCCUGGACGCUCAUCGACUUCUACGACAACCAGCCCUGCAUCGACCUGAUCGAAGCGCGACUCGGAGUCCUGGACCUCCUGGAUGAGGAGUGUAAAGUGCCAAAGGGAACAGAUAAGAACUGGGCAGAGAAGCUCUACAAGCAGAACUCCAGCAGCGCGCACUUCCAGAAACCCCGGAUGUCCAAUACGUCUUUCAUCAUCAUCCACUUCGCUGACAAGGUGGAAUAUCAGUGCGAAGGCUUUCUGGAGAAGAACAGAGACACCGUCUACGAAGAGCAGAUCAACAUCUUGAAGGCCAGCCAGUUUCAGAUGGUUGCAGAUCUGUUUCAUGAGCAGGGCGACGCUCCCGUCGCCAAGUCCUCCAGAGUGAACGUCCGAGCGGCCAAGACUGUCCCCAAAUAUCCCAACAAGGAGCACAGGAAGACGGUGGGCCACCAGUUCCGCUCGUCUCUGCACCUCCUCAUGGAGACCCUGAAUGCCACGUCUCCUCACUACGUCCGCUGCAUUAAGCCCAACGACGAAAAGGAGUGCUUCUCGUUUGACUCUCGGCGAGCCGUGCAGCAGCUCCGAGCCUGCGGAGUGCUGGAGACCAUCCGGAUCAGCGCAGCCGGGUAUCCGUCCAGGUGGACAUACCAGGACUUCUUCAGCAGGUAUCGAGUCCUGAUGAAGAAGUCGGACAUGACGGCGACGGAUAAGAAACCGGUGUGCAGAAACCUACUGGAGACGCUGAUAAAGGAACCGGACAUGUUCCAGUUUGGAAAGACGAAGAUCUUCUUCCGAGCCGGUCAGGUGGCGUACCUGGAGAAGCUGCGAGCCGACAGGUUCCGCUCGGCCUGCAUCAAGAUCCAGAAGACGGUCCGGGGCUGGCUGCAGAAGCUCCGGUACCGGAGGAUCCGCAAGUCGGCCAUCACCCUGCAGAGAUACGGCCGUGGAUACCUGGCGCGCAGGCACGCAGAGUUCCUCCGUCUGAGCCGGGCCGCCCUCAUCUGCCAGAAACAGUACCGCAUGGUGAGAGAACGACGAGCCUAUCAGAGAGUGAGAUGGGCCGUCGUCACCAUCCAGGCCUACACCCGAGGGAUGUACACCCGCAGGAUCUACUGGGAGUUCAUGCUGCACCACAAGGCCAUGAUCAUCCAGAAGAACGUACGCGGCUGGCUGCAGAGGAGGAAGUUCAUCCGAGCGCGCAACGCCGCCAUCACCAUCCAGUGCGCCUUCAGACGGAUGCACGCCAAGCGGCAGCUGAAGCAGCUGAAGAUCGAAGCACGCUCAGCACAACAUCUGAAAAACCUCAACUCGGGCAUGGAGAACAAGAUCGUACAGCUGCAGAGGAAGAUGGAUGACCAGUCCAAAGAGUUACGAACGCAGAACAAUCAGCUGCUGUCAACCAACACCACGCUGGGCUCGGAGCUGACCCGGCUGCAGAAGCAGCUGGAGCAGGUCCACAGCCAGCCGGGCGAUACCGGCCGCGUGGUGUCGCUGCAGGAGGAGGUGGAGAGGCUGCGAGAGGAGCUGCAGGAGGCGCACAAUCACAGGAGGAAGCUGGAGGAGGAGCACGGUAGUGAGAAGCUGGAGCUCACACAGAGGGUGGAGGACCUGCAGAGAGAGAACUCCCAGCUGAAGGCCGAGAAGGAGGAGAUUAACCAACAGAUCCUGCAGGACUCCAGGAGUUCUGAAGAGGAGACAAGCAGGGCGUCGCUGCAGUUGGAGUUGGACGCGGAGCGCGAGCGCUACCAGAACCUCCUGAAGGAGUUCGGCCGGCUCGAGCAGCGCUUUGACAACCUGAAGGAGGAGGUGUCUCUGAACAAGUUCCAUCCCGGCCACAGGAGGACUACGUCCAACCAGAGCAGCCUGGAGUCAGACUCCAACUACCCGUCUAUCUCCACCUCUGAGGUGGGAGACACCGAGGAUUCCAUUCAGCUGGUGGACGAGAUGGGCGUGGAGAAGGCAGCGAUGGACAUCAGUCUGUUCAUGAAGCUGCAGAAGAGGGUCCGAGAGCUGGAGCAGGAGAGGAAGAAGCUGCAGGUCAACCUGGACAAAAUGGAAGAGCUGGCCAAGCACAAGGGCUCGGAGCCGAGGAGUCCCUCUUCUGAUCAGGAGAUGGCAGAUCUGGCCUACAACAACCUCAAGAGACAGGAGCUGGAAUCAGAAAACAAGAAGCUGAAGAAUGACCUGAAUGAGCUGAGGAAGACCAUUGGUGAUCACGCAUCGCAGAACAACUCGUCCAAUCAGCUGCAGGACAGUUAUAACCUGCUGGUCAGUCAGCUGAAGGCAGCCAAUGAGGAAAUGGAUGCCCGCAAGGAGGAGGUCCUUAUCCUGAGAACUCAGAUACUGAGCAACGCUGAGCUGCAUGAGAGGAGCAAGCAAAUGCAGGAAACUGAGAAGGAAGCUGAACUGAACAGCAAGGAGCCGCUGGACAAAGAAGAGGCUCUCCAAGCUUAUCACAGACUCUCCGAGUCCAAAAGGCUGCUGGAGGCCCAGCUGCAGACCCAGUCCAGGCAGAACCAGGACGAGCUGGAGGCCCUGCACACCCAGAUUGAGCUUCUCAAGGCCGAUAUAGAGAGCAAGCAGGAGAUGCUGAACUACACCCAGUCUCUGUCCCCGGAGGCAAAGGUGGAGUACAGCGUCCAGCUGGAGAUCACACGCCUCACCAACAAAAACCUGGACCUCAAGGAGCUGGUGGAGAAGCUGGAGAAGAAUGAGCGGAAGCUGAAAAAGCAGCUGAGGAUCUACAUGAAGAAGGUCCAAGAGCUGGAAGCAUCUGCUGCUCAGAGCAGCUCCUCCAAACCGGAGCUGACCCACCAGGUGACGGUGCAGAGGAAGGAGAAGGACUUUGAAGGAAUGCUGGAGUACAGCAAGGAGGUGGAAGGACGCCUCAUCCAAACUCUGGUCAAAGACAUCAGGCCCAGCAUGGUGUCGGCCACCGUCCCCUGUCUGCCGGCGUACAUCCUCCUAAUGUGCAUCCGCCACACUGACUACGUCAAUGACGACCAGAAGUUGAGUUCUCUGCUCACCUCCACCAUCAACGCCAUCAAGAAGGUCCUAAAGAAGAACAACGACUUUGAGAUGAUGUCGUUCUGGCUGGCCAACACCAGCCGGUUGCUGCACUGCCUGAAGCAGUACAGCGGGGAGGAGUCCUUCAUGACCCGGAACACCGACAAGCAGAAUGAACACUGUCUGAAGAACUUUGACCUGACUGAGUACCGCCAGGUGCUGUCCGACCUGUCCAUCCAGAUCUACCAGCAGCUCGUCAAAGUGGCCGAGGGAAUCAUCCAGCCCAUGAUCGUGUCGGCGAUGUUGGAGAGCGAGAGCAUCCCGAGCCUGGCGGGCAUGAAGCCGAUGGGCUACCGAAACCGCUCGUCCAGCAUGGACACGGACGCCGACGGCCCCACCAGCUACACCCUGCAGGCGCUGAUCCGACAGCUGGGACAGUUUCACAGCAUCAUGCAGGACCACGGCCUGGACCCCGAGAUCACGGGCCAGGUGGUCCGGCAGCUCUUCAGCUGCAUCAACGCCCACACCCUCAACAACCUGCUCCUGCGCAAAGAUGUCUGCUCCUGGAGCACCGGCAUGCAGCUCAGGUACAACACCAGUCAGAUGGAAGAGUGGCUCAGAGCAAACAAUCUGUAUCAGAGCAACGCCGCCGAGACUCUGGAGCCCAUCAUCCAGGCCGCUCAGCUGCUGCAGGUCAAGAAGAAGACGUCCCAGGACGCUGAGGCCAUCUGCUCGCUGUGCACGGCUCUCACCAUGCAGCAGAUUGUGAAGAUCAUGAACCUCUACACCCCUCUGAACGACUUUGAAGAGCGAGUCACCGUGUCCUUCAUCAGAAACAUCCAGACAUGCCUGCAGGACAGGACCGAGCGUCCUCAGCUCCUGGUGGACACCAAGCACGUCUUCCCCGUCCACUUCCCGUACUCCCCGUCGGCCCUGACCCUGGACACGCUGCACAUCCCCGCCUCCCUCGGCCUCGACUUCCUCACCAGGGUGUGACCAGACCGAGGUCGUCCCAACACCGGCCUCCUUUUUCAGACGUCUUAAUAUUCCCGGAGGAGUGCCUGUCCAACUGUCUGUGAGCCGCGUUCAGGCCCCCUUGGAGUCCUGUAACUCAUCACAGCUUUGGAUCUCUGUUAUCCGUGUGUAAAGCAGUCCACUGACGAUGUCACAGCAGGUGCAGCCUGAAGAAGGUGAGAGGAGGUGAGCUGAUCGGUCCGGGACAAGUUGCCUAAGGCUCCAGGAGGAGGUUCGACGAUAAAUUCAGAUUUACACGCGUUUGAGAAUCUCCAAUUUUACCCACAUGAACGAGUGCAGUUUCUUUACUGUUUGCGGGAUCUGGCGACAUCUAAUGAUUCAAGUGGUAAACUGGAGCUACAUAGAUGACUCCUAACCCUUACCCCAACCCCAACAUGGCGGCAGGUGAGCAGGUGAUCUGUGAUGCUUCUCAGGGUUUAAACUGCUUCCUCUAAAACUGCCAACAAAGUUUAAGCCUGAUUUCCAGGUGACCGAGUGUUCAGACUGGCUGCAGGGCAAAUCAGUGAAUAGUUGGUGGUCGACCUUUGGCAAUUAGUUGUUAUACGAGAACAAAUCGCUGAGACGUCGCCGCGCCAUCUCCAACAGCUGGCACAUACCUAGCAUUCCAAAUAUCUACAGCAAGGUUGGGAUGAUGUCACCAUGAGGGAAGAUAAUCCAUAAAGCCAGUGAAAACUGGCCCGAUGAUCGUCAAGAAAGUCGUCAAUUAUUUACUGACUCAGGUUCUCAGAGGAUGAUGCUGUCUAAUUUUUGAAAAAAUGAACAAAUUGGAGGAUUUGUAGAGAAACUGCAAUUCUUGGUGAAGUUUUCACGUGUGUAAACCUUGUUUUUAUCUGCCAAUUUCUGUCUGCGAGGAGGAUGUUGGAAUAUAAAUGGGUGAGUGAAGGUGUGAAGAAAGGAAGGGGGUGAAGUUUUUCAUGAACGGGUUGUUGGAGAGCUGGUAGGAAUGAAAUCAAACAAAAAAAACUUGCUGCUCGUCUUCAUUCUCUCUUUUCUUCAUGUAACUGGACGAUUGCAGAGCACUAAUUAUAACAUUCAAAGUUAAUUUUCUUUUUGCCUUUUUAUUUAUGUGAAAUUACUUUUUUUUUCAUGUUUAAAUGAGAUCAUUUGUAUAUCAAAACAAAGAUCUCACUGUCUGUCGGAGAGACUAAUGUCCAACUAAAGUGUGUCUCAGUUUCUGAACAAUGGUGCCAUUAUGUGACAAUUACAAGAGCUUUACAUGUUAUUAUGUUUUAUACCACGGUCUGUGUGAAUACUCCAUUCUGAUUGGCUGGCAGGUGGAGGUUAUAAGUGAUAACCUACACCUAGAAAACAAGUUUGGUCAAAUUGCCUGAUUACUUUAAUAUCAUUGCUCUGGAUCAACUGCCAGGUGGUAACCACGGCAACGGAGAUUCAGAGAAGAAGAGCCGGCUACCGCAGGACGGAGACAUGAGUGAUUUUGUCAUCUUUUAAUUUAUUUGGUGAAUUUAACAAUUUUGAUGACUGGGAUGCAGAAGAGGAGAGAAAAGAAAGUAACGGAGCUGAGCGGACUACAAGUUAUGGCUUGUUAAAAAACGUUGUAAUUCACCAGGUUCCAACGGCUGCAGACGAGAGAUUAAAUAGUCGCUCAGCUGUGGCUUGUUAUAAAACUAAUGAUUUCAACUGAAAACACAUUAAAGCAUGAAUAACUGAUUUAAUAUUUAUGUUUUUUGGUAAGUGACCGUGGUAUAAGUGGGAUAAUGCCCUUCCAGGUGACAUUAACAUAAAUAUAUGGACUUCGCAUCGUUCAUAUAUUUCUGAUGAUGUACACAUUAUCCCUUACAUAUAUCAUUUACUCAAUUAAUUCUGGAAAAAAAUUUGUAUGAAGUUAAACUGUAGUAGAAAUGAAGUAAAACUACUUCUGUUUGGUGUCUGGAGAACGUCAGCGCAGAACUGUUUGGGAGAAAGUUCACACUAACGUCACCGACACCUCGGUUGUCUUGGAGACCGUUAUGUUGGAGUAAAGCUCCAAUGAGAGAUUUCUUCCUUGAGAUUGUCUUUCUUGAAUACAACAAUAAAUGUAUGUUUUUUGAAAUAAAUAAAUGACAAAUAUUUGUGAUAA